AUGUUCGCCAAUUGGGCCUUGACGGUUUGCACUCCCUUCCUAUCUAAAUUAUUUAUAGAUAUUUCAACGUAUGAUGAAGCUCUAGCUAGCUCAGUUGAUGACGACUAUGGCAUAUCACCGAACACAGCAGAACGCUAUCUAUAUAAUGCGGACAAACGAAAUCUCAACUCCCUGAUGUUUUUUGGACAACAAGAUGGAGAGCCGUUGAAGAUAUCCGAAGACGACUUUCCAGAAAACGCAAACGAUGAAUACUCACCGGGUUAUAUUACUGGUCGAAUUACGUCCAGCCGGAAACAAAAUGUGGAUAGUACUCGGGAAACUAACGAAUUGAGGGAACAGGACUUCCAGGAACUGAUUUUGGGUACCAUGGAUGAACCGAUGAAAGCGCCGGGUCACGGAGUGAUUUCCAAGGACCAAAUUAACUCCACGUCAUUGGCGGUCAAGCCAACGCAAGAUACGGAACCCGUACGACUGGCCGAGGCUCUGUCGCAAAAGUUGGACUUGACUGACCAAUCCAAAGAUCAGGCGACGCCUUUGCGCCCAGUAGCCGGUUCGAGUAGUAUAACUGCCAGUCCGAGUAAACCAAUUGAUCGAAAGCAGUUGAUUGCUGAAUAUCGGGAGCGAUGCAAGCAAGAUACUGAGAAGGACGUGAUCAAUUUGAUUGUUCUCGGUAAGUAG